ACGCGGGGUGUGAGGACUUCCCUUUCCGCGGUAGCUUCUUCUGACCACCAACGCAUCUCGCCCGCCGCGCCCAUGGUUUCCUCCUCCGCCUCCCCCUCCCCCAGGGAGGAGGAGGGCGGCGGCCCCUGUUUGCCCUCGCUCCGCGGCAAGAAAAGGAGAAUGCGAGUCAGAACGGCCUCGCCAGAGCCGGCUUCCACGGCCGCGCCGCCGCAGACACAUGGAAAGUGGCAUCCAGAUGAAUCGAACAGACCUGAAAUUGAUGAUGCUCCUGUUUUUACCCCAACUGAGGAGGAAUUCAAAGAUGCAAUUGGGUACAUUACUAGCAUUCGUCCUCAAGUAGAAAAAUAUGGAAUUUGUCGUAUUGUUCCACCAUCUUCUUGGAGACCACCAUGUCCUCUAAAGGAGAAGAGCUUUUGGAAAUGUACAGAGUUCAACACCCGAGUUCAACAAGUUGACAAGCUUCAAAAUCGGGAACCCAAAAAAAAAGAAACACAACCUCGAGUUCAGAAGAAAAGAAAGAGAAGAAAGAAACUGAGGUUUGGGAUGUCUCAGAAGCGCCGUAGCGCUGACUCUGCAGACCAGGAAGAGAAGUUUGGCUUUCAGUCUGGCUCAGAUUUCACACUAGAGGAGUUCCAGAAAUACGCUGAUAUGUUCAAGGAGCAAUAUUUUGGAAUGAAGGGAAGUGAUGAAAUUUCUCUUUUUGAAAUUAAACAGCACAAAGAAAUGUGGCGGCCAUCAGUUGAGGAAAUUGAGGGAGAAUAUUGGCGGAUAGUUGUAUGCCCUGAUGAUGAAGUUGAGGUGGAUUACGGCGCUGAUCUGGACACUGCAAUAUUUAGUAGUGGAUUCCCUAAAUCAUCUCUAUCAGAUGCAAAUAAGCAAGAUCCAUAUGGUUUAUCUUGUUGGAACUUGAAUAAUCUGCGACGACAACCUAGAUCUGUUCUUUCAUUUGAAACUGAGGAUAUAUCUGGUGUUGUGGUCCCUUGGCUUUAUGUUGGGAUGUGUUUCUCAUCAUUUUGCUGGCAUGUGGAAGAUCAUUUCCUUUAUUCUCUAAAUUACAUGCAUUUUGGUGAACAAAAAGUAUGGUAUGGUGUUCCUGGUGAAAAUGCAGUGAAGCUAGAAGAUGCUAUGAGAAGGAACUUGCCAAGACUGUUUGAAGAACAGCCUGAUCUCCUGCAUGAGCUGGUUACACAGUUAUCCCCUUCUGUUCUAAAAUCAGAAGGAAUUCCUGUUUACCGUGUUGUUCAGAAUCCAGGCGAGUUUGUUCUGACAUUACCACGAGCUUACCAUUCUGGGUUCAACUGUGGCUUCAACUGCGCAGAGGCAGUAAAUGUUGCUCCCGUGGACUGGCUGCCCCAUGGACAAUGUGCUGUUGAGCUAUACAGAGAUCAGCGGCGCAAGACAUCAAUAUCACAUGACAAGUUAUUGCUUAAAACUGUACAAACAGCUCUCAGACAGGUUUGGGCGAACCUACAGAACUGCAAGAGUGGUCAGAAGGAAUAUAUAUGGCUUGAUACCUGUGGAAAAAAUGGAAUGCUCACAAGUGCAUUUAAGACAAGAAUUAAAUUGGAAGGUUCAGCACGUGAGGCGAAUGCUCUUUUGCAAUGUAAGAAGAUGGAUCAGGAUUAUGAUUCAACGGACCGCGAAUGCUUUUCAUGCUUUUAUGAUCUUCAUUUAUCUGCUGUCAGUUGCCAAUGCUCGCCAAACCGUUUUGCUUGCUUAACUCAUGCAAAUCUUCUAUGUUCAUGCGAAAUGGAUAGAAAAUUUGUGUUGCACCGAUACAGUAUGGAGGAGCUGAAUGCUCUUGUUGCAGCUCUGGAGGGAGACCCAGCUGCAGUGUACCAGUGGAAAGAGUAUGAUGUAGGCUUAGUUUGCCAAUCUGCUUCUACGCAGCAGAAGAUGUGCUUCAGUAAAAGUGCAAAAUUAUCUGGAUCAAUUAUUGAUGUCAACAUUGAUUGCGGCUUUGAUGGCUGCGAGGACCUUGACAAGUCAGCGGGAUAUCCGAAAGAGAAGGAAGUGCAGAAUAGAUGUGUUAAUCUGAACAUAAAAGAAGAGUUAGUAUGUAGUUCUAGCACAUCAAAUACAACAGGUUUCUCAAGCUCUACAUUUAGUGCUUUACGAAAGAUUGACAAGGACAAGAUGGCCAUGGAGUUGGGGUCCCUGCAGACAAGAUCUACCCUACCUUCCAAAACUACUAAGGAACUGUUUGGCAUUGAGACUGAAUACUGUGUGGCCAAGGCUUCAUGUGCCCAGGUUAGUCAACUGGGGAAACCUUCUUCAAGUCAAUCCAUUGAAGUCUCCUGGCCAGCAAACUUACGACAUCAGGUUGAGCAACUCGACCACGGAACAGUUAUAGUUGACAAAAAUUGGUGCAACCAUCAAGCUAUCUUCCCAAAAGGAUUUAGGAGUCGAGUGACAUUUUACAGCGUACUAGAUCCGACAAGAAUAUGUUGUUACAUUUCAGAAGUUAUUGAUGCUGGACUUCUCGGACCAUUGUUUAGGGUUGCUGUGGAGGAGUUUCCUGAGGUUUAUUUUACUCACACUUCACCAAUGCAGUGUUGGGAUAGUGUGAGAGACAGGGUGAAUGAAGAAAUAAAAAAGCAAUGUAGGGCUGGAAAAUCUCCUGCUUUAUUAUCGAACGAUUCUGUAAAUGGGCUUGAAAUGUUUGGUUUCUUUUCCCCACCAAUAAUUGAGGUAAUCGAGGCUCUAGAUCCCGACCACAAGUGCUUAGAUUAUUGGUUGUCUAAGCAUACACCUCCUCUGAGAAGACUCCUUUCGGAGUCUUUGAUGACCACAACGGUUGAUGGCACUAAUAAUUCCUCUAUAAGGUUACUUGGGGUUGAUAUUGCCAGCAAUGAAUCUGAACGAUCCAGUUUCCACAAUAAUUCCUGUGCUGAGGAGACUAAACUCAGCAGGCUCCUUCAGAAGGCUAAAUGCCCAGAAGAACAAGAACUAAUUGUCAUGAACAAAGCAAUCAGCGGCAGAGGAUGGAUAACAGCGCAGGUCUGCAGGAUGAGAUGAAGAAUUAUGUAGAUAAAUAGAGCCUUGAAUAGAUAAACCAUUUUUAGUAACUCAUCCUAGAUUGCUUCUAUAGGGAACCAUUAGAAAUUAAAUUAGAACAACCAUUUACCUGCAUUCUUAUAGAAUUGCAUUUCCUGAUCUUCCAUUUAGUUUUGCAUGAUCCAAAUUUAUUUUUACUUGAUGGCAAAAGGUUAUUUUCUCUCUAAUUGUGUCCUGAUUAGCCAGGAUCAUGGUAACCAAUGAAACAAGUUGACCAUUCGUUUAUCAAAAGUUUAUGUUCAAAACCUUGUUGCUGGAAAGUUAAAAAAAAUGAAGAAAAUGAUUUUGAAUUUUUGA